AUGCCACAUGAAAAGAAGAGAAUGCCAGAAUGCGAAGAGUGGACCUUCCUGGAAACUAGAUAUUACUGGUGCGAGAAGGAAAAGUAUUUCGACUUCUUCAGAGACAAAUGUCUUGAAAAAUGCCAAGGUUCAACCACGGCGCCGUCAACCGUAGCUUCAACAACAGAAUCGACUGGAACAACGCCAAUAACAAGUACCGUCACUGCUACGACAGACGAAAGCGAAUGUGAAAAGGAAUGUCCAGGUAUAACUAUCCUCUUGCACCAAUACUUCCAAAUUGACAGAUACAACACUGCAGAAAUACAAAAACGUGGAAUGCCCUUACCAAGGAUGACGACAGUCACAACGCCAACUUCAACUAUGGCAACAUCAUCUUCUGAUGCAAGUGCUGCUAGCGAGGCAACUUCCAGCAGUAAAGCGACAAGUACCACCACCGAAGCAAAUGUUAUUGAUGAAGAACCACUGGAGCUUUGCAAAAAGAUGAACGACAGUUCGACAAAAUAUGCCUGCAAGCGCGAUGGCAAGCAUUUCUCAAAGGUGUCUGAGUGUGAAAGUCAUUGCAGAGAUCGUCCGGAACUCUGCCGACUCGAGCAUAUUGACAAUGAAGACAAGCUUAUCUGCGUGCGCAACAGGAGCAUCAGUUACGAUGUCUGGGAUCAAAGGAAAUGUGAGGAAGAAUGCAGUGGACCUGAUGCAGGACUCUGUUUUUGCAACCAAACGAUUGCGGGAGUAUUUCUCUUGUGUCGAUACUUGGUACUUGGUAAAGGCUUCACUGGCAGCACAAUAACUAAAGACCCAAAUGCAUGCAAUUAUUUGUGCAUCCGAGAUCCCAAGGAUGAAAGAGGAGAGAAGUUCCGAAACUACAUAUGCGUCCACAACAACAGCAUCACAGGCACAAACGUAAGAGAGUGUGAGACGCGAUGCAAUCGAACAAGAAAGGGAGGAGAAGUCACAUCAAUGGCAACGUCUACUCCAACAGCUACUACACCCACAGGUGCUACAUCAACAGCAAAGUCUAUGGAAACAACAAGCACGGCAUCAACUACGACAUCAUCAAGCACAUCUUCGACAGCAGAAUCGACAGCAAGUAGAACAUCUUCCAGUGGUGCAACUACUACGGAUACAUCCAUUACUGCUACGACAGAUUCGUCGAUAUGCAGAACAAAGACCGAAAAGUACCCUGCAGUCGACUACGAAUACUACACGUGCGGAAAUGAUUCUGACAUAUUUUACAAUUUCAACGUUUGCACUGAGGCCUGCAAAGCAUAUACAACACCCGAACAAGCAUUAACUUCGACAGAAAGCCCACCUAGGACAGCUUCACCGACAAUAGCAUCGUCUGAGAAAGCUACUACACCUAUACCAACCGAAAGUACAGUUGCUUCUGAAAGCUCGUCUCCCACAACCACAGCCACCACAUCUACAGCAUCGACGUCUACUAUAGCGGAAGGAACGUCAGCGACACAGACGACAUCCGAAAAAGAAGCAACAACUGCAGACAUUUUCAGUCUGCCCACAAUAGAUUGGCAAUUUCCAACUGAUUCUCCGGAUGUUACAGACCCUUGCAAAGAUCUCAAUGAAUUCGAACCUUGCGUGAGUAAUCCUCCCUCGACUCGCCCUCCGAAGUUAAAGGACGACGAACAACAGGAGCUAGUAACACUUAUACCGUGGGGAAAAGGAUCCAAGUGGUCAUACCCAGAUGAUGGAGACCAGCGGAAAGUGUGGCCGAUUCCACCAAAGAAGAAAGGAGAAUCAAUCAAGGAGCCAAACUCUGUUUAUGAAGAAGAGGAAAAAGUAGUGUCUCCACAAGGGAAAGGUUGGAUAGACCCACAUCGUGAAGGUCAGCCAAAGGGGAUUGUACCUCCACCGAUAACGAAAGUAUAUGAUUCGGAAGGAAAGGUGAUAAAAGCGUGA